GGAUAGUCACUAACCGGGUGUUAUCGGCAUGUCGUUUCAGUGAUAUCAACUUAAAACUGGUGAUGUAACGUUCUACCAAGGAAUAAAGAUCAGGGAAUUAUCCCUGAUGUAAGUUGAUCUAUUGUGUCUUUGGGAAUUACUUUUCACGGCCUUCUAUUGUCAAAUAUCGAGAAGUGGCAGAACAUUUCUGGAAAUAUCAAAAACAGGGUGUUACCUAGUACAUCGGGCGCCUUUUUUGGAAGUAUACUGUGAAUGUUAACCUAUGCUGGCAUAUUCAUAUGAGUGAUUGAGGAAUUUAUCAUUCUCAAGGAUUUGAAGAUAAACGGUGUUGGGAACAUGAAUGAGUGAUGUUUUCUACUUAUAAGCAAUUAUAACAUAAACUUUAAAAUUUAUGUAAGAUAACUCACUGGUAAAAAUGGAAACUAUUUUGAUGGUGUCAUUACUUUGUGUGUUUGCUACACUCCCGGAUCCUGCUACAUCGUACACACACGACAACGUGAAAGAUCUGCUUACAGACAUCUUCACGAUAAACUCGUACAACAAGAUGGUUCGACCUGCUGCAGAUCAAUCAUACCCAAUAAUUAUGUAUCUGAACUUAAAUCUCGUGGGAAUAACCGAUAUUGACGAGGUACAAGAAAAAAUGACAACCACGGCUUCCCUUGAGAUUUUUUGGAUUGAUGAGUAUAUGAUUUGGGAUCCGGCUGACUACAACGACACUGAUAUACUUUAUGUACCUCAGAAAAAUAUCUGGAAGCCAGAUAUUGCUUUGGACAAUGGCUUUACCAAACUAGAGGAACUUGGAGACGAUUUUUUAUUGACAAGAAUAUACCACGAUGGCACCGUGGAGUGGCGACCGUACGAUGUGUUUGAAACGAAAUGUUCUAUUGACAUAACAUACUUUCCCUUUGACAAACAAAAGUGCGACAUCAUAUUUGGAGUUUGGAUGAGCCCGCUGAGUGAUGUUGAUGUUGAGUUAGGAGGUAAAGGCAUUUUACUAGAUGCCUAUCAAUCUAACGGCGAAUGGGAUCUCCUGACAACGUCAGCUGUCGCUUCAGAAUCACUACUAGAUGGCGCUGUUGUCACCUUCUCUAUAACUGUAAAGAGAAAACCUCAAUACAUCCUUUACAAUGUAGUACUCCCCAUUAUAAUGUUGUCACUGCUAUCUGUGUUCGUUUUUGCUCUCCCUGUUGAUUCCGGCGAAAAGAUGGGUUAUAUAAUGACACUCUACCUAGCGUUUGCUGUCUUUCUAACAAUUGUAAGUGCGUCACUUCCGGUAAGUUCUUCCAUGUCCCUAUUGAGCUUAUACCUAAUAUUGCUUCUGAGUUUGGGAACUGCCACUGUUAUGAUUACGACACUGGAACUCAGAAUUCACUACCUCGACAAUUCCUACGAAAUACCAAAAUUCGCAAAAUGCCUUGUCCGUUCACGCCAAAGGAUGCGAUGCCGCAGAACGAGUAAGAAGAUACAUGACGCGGGUGAAAAUGAAGCUAGCAUUUCAAUCAUAAACAAUGCAACGUUAGAUUCUCCAAAAUCGGAAACUUCGAAACCGCCGCUUGUGAAAAAACUCGCAAAGCCGGACGUACCCAAGGAAGAGUUGACAUGGCCGGAUGUGACAUCAGCAAUCGAUUUCUACUGUUUUUGGUCGUUCUUGCUAGCUAACAUAUUAAUAACUGUUAUCAUUUUUGCAGACGGGUAUGUUAAGAGCGAACGUUAGGUUGUUUAUCAUGUUUACUGACAUUUCGGAAUGUUAUCCGGUAGACAAGAAAGCAUACAAGUCAUAUUAUGGUGACGAAUCUUAACACGAUUUAUAUUUGAUACAACAUCAUGUUUUUAUAUUGCUAAUCAUACAUUGUAUGGACAUAAUGUCAUCGUUGAAUCAGCACAAAAUUGCGAUGGUGUAACUGCUGUGCAUAUAAACAUGAACAUUUCUGCGUAUUUUGUACGUGAUGGUACCUAAUUGUACAAAAUAUUCUUUUUAUGUCAGGAUUUUCGUAAAACAACCAAUGAAUGUUUAUACGUGACUUUUCCGAUGACUUGGCAUACUAAAACGGUAUGUACACUGCCAUCUUCAUCAGAUAAAUCACCUGGGCAGCACGUGUACGAAAUCCCAAGAUCGAUGUCGAUUUCGGCUAUGCUGCAGUGUACAAAGUCAUGAUAUGCUGUAGUAUUAUAAUUUGUCCGAAAUGACUCGAUUCUGGUGUUCUUUGCCUAAUACCUGGUCAUAUGAUACGUACAUUUUUAGUAUUACGUGUACAUACCCGAAUAUGUGUUCUUGACUUUGUACUUCAUUAGAUACAUGUACAUGUCUCUAUGUUAGAAUAUGUUAAAAACUUACUGCUUAUCAACGAAGAUGUACCAUAAAGAUAAAACUUAAUCGCUAAAAUAAGAAUUUUAGACCGGGAAAUCGCAAAAAUUAAACCCGCUGAUUCCCGAUCCUUGAAUUUUAACGUUAAGAUGGUAUGCUUUACACUCGCUAAAAAGAAACAACUUGCGUCUGAUUAUACAGUACAUAUACGUAUACCCACUUUCUCGCUCUGUCUCGCUCUCCCUUCCUCUUCUUAUUUCUCUCCUUCCCCCUUCUCUCUCUCUCUCAUAAAUUAAAUGUACAAUGUAUGAAAAUUGCAUGAUAUAGUGUAUUUUGUAUACUAUUGCGGAAAGGGGAAUUAUUAAGCUGCAGUAACUUUAAUCCAAUCUUUUUGUUAAACCUCUUGCAAUAAAAUAUGUUUAAACUACCCAUGGUCGACUGUUCUACACUACCCUUAUCAAGUGAAGCGUAGUGGAUAUAUACCCACAGUACGCCACACUUACGCACGUGUAGUGACGUCAUUGACCUCGGGCAUCCGACGAUGAUGAGUUAAGUAACAUAUAUAUACAUGUACAGUUUACUUAGGUGUAGUCUGUUAUCCGUGUGUGUGUUAAAGUGUACCCUGAACGAAAAAUUAUAUUUAGAUAUGUUAUUGGUAUUGAUUAAUAAACAAGAAUGCAGAAAACCGCAUCGAA